UCUAUUUAAAAAAAUAACUCUGACCUUCAAAUAACAUUGAAAAUUGACUUCAAGGUCAAAGUCACUAGCACAAAUAGGCGACCCCCAUUGUCCUGAACAACUUUUGUCUGAACCAUUUUUCUGUAUUUGCUUACUUACGGAGUUAUUUGCGUGGAUGGAUUAAAAUGGCCCACCCUGUAUAAGCGUUUUAAGCAUUUAGGAAUUUUCUUAAGCUUGGCUCACAGUUGUGUUUAUUUUUUUUUACUAUUUACUAUUGUGAAUAAAACUAUUUAUUAUUGUGAAAGGAAUUAUUAUUGUGAUAUAAAUACGAUCUUACUUUACGAUAUAAUUUGGAUAUGUGCACGAUAAUUUCUACUCUUUUCACGUCGAAUCGCGUACAAAUUCAUGGCCAGUCUCGUUGCGCAUGAAUUGGCGUGAGACCGUGUAUCUUGUUAAAAGGUAAAAAUUGAUCAUAGAAAGUGGCAUUGGAAAGUGGUCUUGGAAAGAAUAAACAUUUAUUUUAAACAAAUUAAAAAAAGUGAAAGCAAUGGCUUACAGUCCAAUAUUGCGUUCUGAUCUUCAAGAUCUCUUGGAUAAAUACGUGGAAAUGCGCGAUAAAAUUUCUGCGCUGCAUCUUUUCAGUGCACAGCAGCAGAUAUCCUUAGAAUUCGAGCGCAAACAGUCGGAAAAAAUUAAAAACAAAUUGCAAAAUGUUGUUUGCUAUUUGAUGGAACACAAGGAUCAACAUAAAGUAUCCUUGAACAAUUUGGAAAAAGAGAACAACGAAUUGAAAUGUACUUUAGCUGAUGUGAAGCGCGAACGCGAUCGUGCCGAACUUUCCAAUAAUGUUAAAGUUUCCACAUUGCAGAACGAAGUCGAUUUUUUACGACUACGAGUGACACAACUCGAAGAUAAACAUAGAGAGCAGGAGAGACAUCACAAAGAUGAGAUUUCUAAGUACAAACAUCUUCUAGAAAACGUAAACACAACAUUUCCGGAACAAAAUGUUAAAAAAAGAAACAAAUCAAAGAUAACGGAGAAUCAUCCUGCCUUCAUAAAUGAAGAAAGUACGACAAGGAAAUGGAGUGUUAAAAAAAAAAGCGUACCUGAAGAGUGGUCUAGUGAAAUUGUCCAUAAAAAGAGAAGAUUAUUUCAAGAAGAUAAAGAAGCUACAAUCGACAUUAUUUAAAGAUAUUUUUUGUAAAAGAAAAAUUAUUACACAUUUCUUUCAUUUUUUACAAGGUUCUGGUGCACUUGAAUGGUUCGGAUUUUUAGAAUAAUUUUAUUGCAAUUUACAGACUUUUUUCCU